AUGCUUGUGAAAGCCACCAUUGAGAGGUACAAAAAGGCCAACAGUGACACAUCCAACUCUGGCACGGUUGCAGAAGUCAAUGCCCAGUUUGCUAUCUUAGGAGAACUUGGUGUGCUAUAUGGGGAAGCAAAGCAGCAGCCCACAACCCGACCUGUGACUCCAGAUGAAGGCACCACGAUGCACCAUAAUUAUCCCUUGGAAGCUCAGCUCCUGGACUCUAACUUCCUCUCAAUUUGUGCUCUGCUUGAUAUCAGUUCCUUGUAUGGCUGCUGCAUUGAUGCAAGUUGUAAUGUGCAGGGCUUCUGAGUUUGCACCCCACCGCUCGGACGGAGCAAGGAGGGGGCAUCAUCCACACCGUGGAGUUGGUUGAGCCUUGAGUGCGGCCUGGAGACGCAGGGCAUU